GGGGGAGUGAAGGCGCGAGAACGCGAGUGCGCGUGCGCGUGCGGCGGGGCUUUCUCCAGAGCCGUCGGAGGGAGCUGGAGCACUUCUCCCGAGUUGGUGAUCAGUCGGUCGUCAUCCAACAUGCAGAAGUGAGUAGUGAAAAGCAGCAGAGCUGAUGGGUCGUGAGGAUGUAAGUGUGUUUGAAGGCUCUCACACCCCCUACUCCAGGACAGAAUCAUGAAUAAACUGGAGGACAAGAAGGACCAGAUGAUACCAUGAAGAGAAGUUUACAGGCCCUCUAUUGCCAACUGUUAAGCUUCCUCCUGACCUUGGCCCUGACCGAAGCACCGGUAUUUGCUGCCCAGGAACCAUCUCCCAGGGAGUCUCUUCAGGUCCUGCCUUCAGGCACCAUGGUGACAGCACCACUCAGCUCUGCCAAACACUCAUCCGAGAUGGCUGCCCCCACCUCCGUGGUGACGCCGAGCCCCCGUCCUGACGGGUCCUUCUCACAGGCUGAGGCCCCCGUGACAACAACAACACCCUAUGCAGAUGGACACCCUCCUGCCAACACCUUCUCCACCAUGUUGGCGGCAGCAGCCACCCGUCAUGCUGAAGGCCCCCCCACCACAGGGCCCCAUCCUGCUGCCAUGGCAACCACAUCCUCCCACUCAGAGGACCACCCCCUGGGGGAGGCUGGGCCCACCAUCCUGCUGACAAACCCAACUGGAGCCACCAGCCACCCCACCACUGCACCCCCUCGGGCCAGCACCCGCAGGCCCCCCAGGCCCCCAGGCUCUUCCCGAAAGGGGGCUGGUGGUUCUUCGCGCUCCGCUCUGCCUGCGCUCAGUGGCCACUCCGGGAGAAAGGAAGGCCCACGGGGAAGAAACCAGAGCUCCACACUUCCAGGGCAGAAGCAGUCCCUGGGGAAAAUCUUUCACUUCUACAAAGGCAACUUCACAGGCUCGGUGGAGCCCGAGCCCCCCAGCCUCACCCCCCAGAGCCCGCUCUGGGAUUUCUCCUUCUCGCCACAGACCCCGACAGCGGCCACAACCAGGGCGCCCGGCAGGACCUCGUGGGCACCGAGCACCGCCCCCUCGGUGCGCACAGAAGACAGGCCCGGCCUGAGCAGAGCAGACCAGGGGGGUGGCCCCACCUUCACCAGCCGAGGGGGGGCGCCAGGCGCCACAGCAGCCUCAGGUGCCCCUGCCGGUCCACAACCCGCCCCAGUGCCUUCUCAGCGCCCCCGUGCUGACCCACCCGGCAGCACCGGCCACAGUGACUCCUGGCUGGCUGUCACCCCUGGAACCAACAGACCUCUGUCUGCCAGCUCGGGGGCCUUCACGGCCGCCACGGGGCCCACCCAGGCUGCCUUCGAUGCCAGUGUCUCAGCCCCUUCCGAGGGCAUUCCUCAGGGAGCAUCCUCCGCCACAUCCUCUGCCCCUCAGGUCCCGGCCCACCCCCCCGGGGUCUCAGAAAGCACUGUUUCCCAAGCUGAGGAGGAGCCUGUGGCCACCCCCACCGUGACCAACAGGGUACCCAGUCCUCUCUCCACAGUGGUGUCCACGGCCACAGGGAACUUCCUCAACCGCCUGGUGCCCGCAGGCACCUGGAAGCCUGGAACAGCAGGGAACAUCUCCCAUGUGGCCGAAGGGAGCAAACCCCAGCACAGAGCCACCAUCUGCCUGAGCAAGAUGGACAUCGCCUGGGUGAUCCUGGCCAUCAGCGUGCCCAUCUCCUCCUGCUCGGUCUUGCUGACAGUGUGCUGCCUGAGGAGGAAGAAGAAGACGGCCAACCCGGAGAACAACCUGAGCUACUGGAACAACGCCAUCACCAUGGACUACUUCAACAAGCACGCGGUGGAGUUACCUAGGGAGAUCCAGUCCCUCGAAACCUCUGAGGACCAGCUCUCAGAACCCCGCUCCCCAGCCAACGGCGACUACAGGGACACGGGGAUGGUCCUCGUCAACCCCUUCUGCCAGGAGACCCUGUUUGUGGGGAGCGACCAGGUGUCCGAGAUCUGACUGCAGCAGCCUCGCUCUGCCCUCCCCUACCUUCUGUCUCUGAAUUAUAAACAUACAAAUAUAUAUUAUAAAUAUAAUCUUUGUGUAACCCUGACUUAACGAGAAACAUGUCAGCUUUUUUUUUCCCUAAGAAUUGUCAACAUCUUUUUUAUAAGUGUGGUUUAAAAAAAAAAAAAACACUUUACAGAACGGUCCGUGGCUUUAUAAAAUAAAGGUAUUUCUAAGCAAAGCAGUUGCAUUGAUUGCUUCUCUUAAUAACUGCCCUUGAGCACUUGGGGGUCCCAGCAGCCCCCGGCAGGUGAGGGAAUGUCACACGCACGGCCCUUGAGUGAUUCUUGAAGCUCAGGUUCCUCUUGGUUCCAUGUGACCCCUGCCCCCACUCCUUACUCACACGGUGAAGGGCCACUGGGGGAAGAGGACGGCAGAUCUCCACACUAAAGCAGGACAGGGGACGUGUCGCCCCCCAGCGAGGAGCCCCCUGGGGCCUCACACUGACACCGUGACUGUGGAGGGUAAUUCCGUCCGGACAGCCAGGCAGGGGCAGCAGCCCUCCGGAAUCCAUGAAGGUCAUCGGGCGUCUUCAGGCCACGUCCCCUAACGUCACACGGCAGGACCCUGGCUGUGCGGACCACGGGCCCGCCUGCCCCUGGAGAGGAAAGACUCCGCCCCAAGCACACGCGUAUCCUCCGCUCCGCCCACGUCUGCUUUCAACACUCGUGCCUUUCUCUGGAGAGGGUUUCGACACGGCCCCCGCCAGGAGCUUGAGGAUGCUGCCCUCUUCAAGGACCACGAGUGUCUGGGGGUUCAGCUUCGCUUCCUCAAAGGCCAUGGGGUUGUGUCCCUGAGGAGCGUGUGGUGUAAGAAGCCUCGGAGUGUGGAGCUGCCGUUCUCUAAAUCGUCCUCCUGCGAUCCCAUAGAAACGAGGUUGCCAAAGCGGUCACUUGGGAGAGGAAUCGUGGUGUCCCUUCCGGCACUGCAGACCCCCGUGGGGGUCAGCAGAUGGACUCGCUGCCCAGCUCUCAUUCCCGGUGCCCCCUCACGGCUCCCCGCCGUGGGCAGGCGGCCUCCCCCACCCACCACCCAGGCUGCGACCCACCCGGCCAGCAGGGGUCAGACCCUCAGAGACCGGAGGGGCCUCCAGAGGUGGCCGCUUCUCCCUUUGUUCCCCCACGGGUAGUGGCUGGGACAGAAGAUACUGCUUUAACACUCCCUUUCUCUAGAAUAAAAAUAGUUUGAUAGUAUAUAUUUUGAAUAUAGAUGUUCUUAUAGUCAGACUGGAAAUUGAACUUGAAUGUUGAUACAUAUGUUUAUGUUGUUGCUGUGGUCUUGUUACCAUAACCUCUUUCUUCCUACAUUUUCCUUUAAAAAAAAAAAGAUGGCCUUCCAAAACGUGUGUUCUCAGUGUUGUACGAGCGUGUGUGACGGGCGUUUGCCGGUUGUCUCUCUCUAAACUCUGCCGACCACGGCGAAGCUGGCGCGGUGUCGUCCUGAGAUUCGCUUUCCGAUGUGCUGCUGUCCGACUUUUCUCUUCACCAUAAUCUCUCUGUCAGCCGUGGCAUUUACCGUGUCAAUGUGUGUGUGUGUAUAUAUAUGCAGAAAGAAAUCUGUUUGUAAACUAAAAUUCAUAUAUAACAUAUGUAACAGAGGUACAUAUGUUAUAUAUACAGAUGUGGAUGUAUGACUUAUUUUUCCUUAUCGACAGAAUUCAGCUACCACCUAUAUAUAAAUAAACUUAUUUUAUUAGCCA